CGGCAGGGACGGGCCCGAUACGGGUCUCUUCUCUUGGCCCUCGUCGUGAGGUGAGGGCGAAGCGGUGGCGUGGCGUGGGCUUUUCAAGGAACGAGCGGUUACGAGGAAAGUUUGGGAGCUGGACCUGAAACAGGAUGUUGUGGAGCUCCUCAGCGGAGGGAAGAAAACUUUGGGAGCUUGGAGUUUGUAGUGAAGCAAUUAGACAUAAGGCAAUGAAAUGCCGAGUGGCUAGCGCGAGCGUUUUAUUCUUCUGCCUGAGUUGAGGUGUAAGUAUACUAAAAAGAAACUAAGGAAAAACAAGAUUACAUUAGUUUAUAAUGAACUGCCUUAGUCAUUAUAAGCUUGAUGUGUUUAGAAGGCGAUGGGUGCCUCCUUGAGUGAAGCAAAUCUGUUGAAUUACCAGAGCAGUUGGUAACUUGUUUUAAGACAACAUGUCCUCCUCGCUCUUUCUCGGCUAAGGCAGUGUGGUGCUGUAUCAUCAUGGUCUCGCUCUAUAGACUGUGGUCUCACUGCACAGUUUUGUGGAGUAGAGUCAUUGCUUGUUCUAGUUUAGUUUUUGUCAGUUCACGUGUCUCUGUGAUAAGAGAUUUACCGUAAAAACUCUCCUGUCAAACUCUGUAACUGGAUCAGGAGCAGGGAGAUUGUUCACAGAUGUAACGUAACUGUGCUCAGAGCUGGAGUUCUGGUUCUCAUCCUUGGAGAUCUAAAUGUCAGAGACAAGGAUCUCACUGACUGGGUAUGAGUAGCUUCAAAGACUGAGUAUGUUUAUCUGUACAAGUACAGAGCUAGCUUUGCUCCUUUUAAUUUUUUAAGUUGCUGUUUGUGCAAUUCCUGUCAACUUUGUCUCGACCUAGAAAUCGAAGAUGCCUACUGAGGUUAAACAGUUUGUCCUACAACACUGGUACCAAAUCGUCCAUUGAAGACUAGAACUAAAAGCGAGUCUUUUAAUUCCUUUGUUAGAAAACCUGGAUGAAAAACAUUUAGAGCAGACCAGGUGGUGCCUGCCUCUUGACUUCUAAGCAUUAGGUAUAUUUCUACUCCUCCUCCAUGUAACUGCAUGUGAUAAAAAUGCUGUCAUUUUCUCCAGAAGCAGUGUGAUAACCUAUUCCCUUGACCCAAUGCAGUAUACACAGUGCUAGCAGCAAGAAGGCUUGGCGAUGCCGCUGGCUUCCCCUGGGUCUGAGUUGGACCCACGUGUGUGUUUUCACAGAUGCAGACCUUCAGCUGACUCUCACUUGCUUUUUCUGAAUCUCAGCCUGCAAAAUGGUUGCAUGCUAGUAGCUGUCUUCAUGGGAGAAGCCUUAAUCAAGUUAAUGGGACUACUGUUGCAGUAAUGUUGCUAGUAAAUAGCCUUGUAAUCCUCUGAGUCAUAAAAUAUUAAAUAAGACUGAGAGUUCUAUAAAUGCAGGUCCCCCAUUCAGUAUAUUGAGCAUGACACGAUGACUUGAGGGCUUUUCAUCAAAGGCGCUUGCCUCUCGUUGUUACUUUCUAGUUUUGGAUGCGCUCAAUGCUGCGAUAAAAUGAGAUGACCGUAUUAACACUGUCUUAUCUUCUCCUCACCCCCUAAAAGAGCUUAAGGAAAGUAGGACUGUGGUUUGACUCAGUCAGUGCACUUCUGCUCUCACCAAAGAGCAAUAUUCUGUUUGGCUUAUAUGGUGUCAGCAGUUUACCUGGCUAAAUUUCAUCUCAAAUGAAUAUUUCUUAUGAUUAUUAAACACAGGCUGUGUUGGGAUACACGUGCGUCUCGUCUCUUCUUUGCUGUCUGGACGCAGGCUGGCCUCCUUAGAUCAUCUGUUUGCGUUGUGCGUCUCGCUGCGAUGCUAGCUUUGCCAGGGAGAAAAUAGGAGGUGAAUUGUGUAUCCUUCCAGAAACCUUCUGUUAAACUUGGAGUGCCACAGUUCAAGCAAUAGAACAGAUGGAUAAUGGAGACUGGGGAUAUAUGAUGACUGAUCCAGUCACGCUAAAUGUGGGUGGACACAUGUAUACGACAUCCCUCACAACUCUAACGAGAUAUCCUGACUCAAUGCUUGGGGCCAUGUUCAGGGGAGACUUCCCCACUGCCAGGGACUCUCAGGGCAAUUACUUUAUUGACAGAGAUGGACCACUUUUCCGCUAUGUUCUUAACUUUUUAAGGACCUCAGAGCUGACUUUGCCACUGGACUUCAAGGAGUUCGAUCUGCUUCGGAAGGAAGCAGACUUCUAUCAGAUUGAACCGCUAAUUCAGUGUCUUAAUGACCCCAAGCCGCUGUAUCCUGUGGAUACCUUUGAGGAGGUAGUAGAGCUGUCCAGCACCCGGAAGCUUUCCAAGUACUCCAACCCCGUGGCUGUAAUCAUCACACAACUAACUAUCACAACAAAAGUCCAUUCAUUACUGGAAGGCAUUUCAAACCACUUUACAAAGUGGAAUAAGCAUAUGAUGGAUACCAGGGACUGCCAGGUUUCCUUCACUUUUGGGCCAUGUGAUUACCACCAGGAAGUGUCGCUCCGAGUCCAUCUGAUGGAGUACAUCACAAAGCAAGGCUUCAGCAUCAGGAAUACGAGAGUUCAUCAUAUGAGCGAGCGUGCCAAUGAAAACACAGUGGAGCAUAACUGGACUUUCUGUAGACUGGCACGGAAAACAGAUGACUGAUUCCGACUCUACGGGAGCCAUUUCAGUGGUUAGCAACUUAAUUGAACAAUAAACGCGAGAGAGUCUGGAUUUUGACGAAAGCAACAAUGUGGGCUUUUUUUUUUUUUUUUUAUAUAAGACUAUUUAUUGUUAAUCUUUAAGGACUGGAGGAGUUUCGUUCUCUAGCAGCUCUGUCUCUUUGUCCUGUCCAGAAAAAAACAUGCAUGUGCCUGUUGAGUCAAGACACCUUUUUUGUUUGAAAGAGGGAGUCGAAGAUUUAGUACAAUAGGGUAUUUUGUGUCGUUAACACAAUUCUCUGACACAAUUUAAAAGUGCUAAAAUUACCUCUGUUUAAAUGGUUUCUAAUCCAUCUAAUGCUAUGCCACUGGGAGUAAGAAACAAACAGAAUUUAGGAUGCAGUUGGAGAAAAGCUGCUAUCAUGUAGACUAAUUUAGUUUCUAAAUCAAUAAACAGUAUUGUAAUAUUCUAGGAAAACAGAUCCCUCCUUUUAAAAGUACUUGAUAAGUACAGUUUCUUACAGUUAUGACAACUGUUUCUUUCUAUGCAUAUAAAUCAAGCAACCAAAUAUUAUCUGUAGCCAUGGAAAUAUGAUUAGAAAUAUUUAUAUUGGAUUCUGAAUGCAAAAUGUCCCUGUGGUAAAAUUCAUAUUUUUGAUGCCUGGUGCAAUAUUAUUCCCAAGUGUAAUGCCUGCCAGCGAGAAG